CUUGGCUGACCCAGCUCUUUCUCGAGAUAACUGAAUUCAGCCAACCAAACAGGAUCGACCUCUCUGUUCCUCUCUCAGCCCUGCAGCAGUAGACACACAGCUUAGGGAGAGGGAUGUCACAGCUGAAAGAAAACCAGUCCUCCUCCGUCUGGAUGAGAAACAAGCAGUGCGCGUCCAUUGCUCACGCCCACGCGAUACGGGAUAUUUACUUAUUUUACGCGCAGUUCGGAGACAAUCUGGUCCAGUUUUUUGCCCUGUUGACUGUCUGAUCUCUGUCAUCUCUCCGUUGGUGGUAAUAAUGCUCCCCAGCCCGCUCGUCACUUCUUCUUCCACCACGCCUUUCUCUGUGAAGGACAUUCUGAAGUUGGAGUUGCAGCAGCAGUCUCAGUCUCAGCAGCAGCAGCUCCAGCUCAUCUCGUGCUUCGGUCUCUCCGGUGCGCUGUCACAUCCGGGAGCUUUCCCAAAUAAACCGUUCCGCUCCCACUCACCGCCGUCCUGCAUGUUGGCCGGGAGGGACAGUCCAAGUCCCAUCAGCUCCGGGUUCUCGGAGGGCGAGGAGAGGAUGUCGUACCUCAACACGCUCACGGCUCAGGACCGGCUGGCAGACUCCGGUCCGCCGGGGGAGAUGUUCGGCAACCCGGCGCAGAACCACUCUGCAGACCUCCGGCUGGAGACCGAGGACCAAGACAGCAAGAGCUGCGGUGCUCUGCUGGGUGACAGUGAUCCAGACUCAGAGAAGCCCGCCACCAAGCAGCAGAGGACCAGGAGGAAACCCCGCGUCCUCUUCUCCCAGGCUCAGGUGUUCGAGCUGGAGCGGCGUUUCAAGCAGCAGCGGUACCUGUCCGCCCCGGAGAGAGAGCACCUGGCCAGCUCGCUGAAGCUCACCUCCACCCAGGUCAAGAUCUGGUUCCAGAACAGGAGGUACAAAUGCAAGAGGCAGCGGCAGGACAAGAGUCUGGAGAUGGCAGGUCACCACCACCACCACCACCACCACCACCACCCACCGCCGCCGCCCAGGAGGGUGGCUGUGCCGGUGCUGGUCCGGGACGGCCGGCCUUGUCUGACCGGAUCCCAGAACUAUAACACUUCUUACACAGUCGGAGCUCCGAACCCGUACAGCUACAAUGGCUACCCGGCCUACAGCUACAACAACUCGGUGUAUACUAACACUUACUCUUGUACUUAUUCUAGUUUACCUGCUCUGCCGCCAAGCAACACUCCUGCUAAUGCUUUCAUGAACAUGAAUUUGGGAAACCUCGGAGCACAGGCGCAGAGCCAGGCGGCCCAAGGAUCACUGGUCACACCCUGCCAGGGGACUCUGCAGGGCAUCCGGGCCUGGUAGCACAAUACGAGCCGGGAGAGACUCCUCUGGGAUGGCUGAAUGGACUCAAGCAUGUAAACCUAAUCAUCUAAUGCACAGUUUAAAACUCUGGCCUACGAGGAACCCAUUGACUGAGAUACAAACCAUACACAGUAUAUUGCGCAUUUUUUGUGUAAGCCACGAUGUUUAAAAAACGAAUUAAACCUGCUGUUGGAUGUAUUAUAUUGUCGGUUUAAAUGUCGCCGCUGAGCAAAGACUGUGCGUUGUGCGGUGUGGCCCAUUGGUUAAAAAAUGGAUGUGAUGUGCAGCACAGAUAAAGUUAAAUUGUAUGUACAUUUCCAUACUACACGUUUCUACGCGUAAGGUGUAGCCCAUAACAAAAAAAAUCCAUAAUUGGCCUAAAAUGCCCAAACAUUCAAUAAGAUCUCUAAAAUGAAUUGCAAGAAAUAACAAAGUGGACAACAAUGGCUAGAUACUGCAAUAUUAUUAAGUAAUAUGCUUUUUUAACUUUGUAACAGUGUGAUUUAUUUUUGGCCAGCAAACUUUGUUUUACUCUAAAAUACAUGUGACUGAACAGGAGGCUAUGUUAACAGAUUAAAACGGCCUGGUGUUACACUGAUGAUCAUUUUCACUGAUGAUGAAAGUAAAUAAUACAACAAAGAUAAUGACACAUGUGGUUAUUUGCUUUGUGUGUGUGUGUGUGUGUGUGUGUGUGUGUGUGUGUGUGUGUGUGUGUGUGUGUGUGUGUGUGUGUGUGUGUGUGUGUGUGUGUGUGUGUGUGUGUGUGUGUGUGGAACGACCGAGUAGCCUACACUUUUCUGUAAAAAUGUACGCUUCUAUGCCUAAUAUAGUAAGUCUCUGAUUUGGCAGGUGUGUUAUUGCAUUUCAACA